CACAUCUCACCGGAACCGACACUCCCGCGCUCUCUUUGCAUCGCCAUCUCUUGAUCGGGCAGUAGACGGAUAGAAACUAGACACGACGCGUUGGCGUUUGGCUUGCUCGACUCCAUUUCUUAGACCUCUAGAACUGAUACAAAAACCUGGGCCGGCGAAAGUCGUUCCUGGAACCACAUACCCUCCAAGCUGUUAUCCACACUACCCCUCUCCCGCGCUCUCUCUACCACGUUCACUCGCAACACUAUGCAGUUUACAGACAUUGCUGUUAACCUCGGCGACGGCAUGUUCCGUGGCAAGUACCACGGCAAGCGCCGCCACGACGACGACCUCGAGGCGGUCGUGCAGCGCGCGCACGCGGCCGGCGUUACGCGCCAGCUCCUAACUGGCACAUCUCUGAAGGAGUCGCGCAUCGUUCUCGACCUCGCGAAGAAAUACAACCUUCACUCCACUGCCGGCUGCCACCCAACCUCCACGUCCGAGAUCGACAAGCACAAGGGCGGCGAGGACGGCUACUUUGCCGAGCUCGAAGCCCUCAUCGACGAGGACAGGAAGGAGGGUGGUGCGAAGCGUCUCAUCUCCAUUGGGGAGGUUGGCCUCGACUACGACCGCCUCAAGUUCGCCCCGCGCGAGACGCAGCUCAAGCAUCUCCCGCGCCUCCUCCGCCUGUCGGAGAAGUACCACCUCCCGCUGUUCCUGCACGACCGCCACCCCGAGGCGCACGCCGACUUUGUCCGCAUCCUCAAGGAGGUCGGGUACGGGCCGAGCUGGGCCGGCGGCGUUGUGCACAGCUUCACGGGGACCACGGCCGAGCUGCAGGAGCUUCUCGACAUGGGCUUCUACAUCGGCGUCAACGGGUGCUCAAUGAAGACGCAGGAGAAUGUCGACAACGUCAAGAUCAUCCCCCUCGACCGCAUCUUGCUCGAGACCGACGCGCCGUGGUGCAGCGUGACGACGACGCACGCGUCGCACAAGUACAUUCCCAAGGGGCUUGUGGUCGUCGACAAGGUCAAGCCCGAGAAGUUUGUCGAGGGCAAGGGGGUCAAGGGGAGGAACGAGCCCGCCGAGGUGAUCACCAUCGCGCACAUUGUCGCCGGCAUCAAGGGCAUCCCGGUCGAGGAGCUCGCCAAGGCCGCAUGGGACAACACCCUUCGUCUGCUGUACCCCGCCGAGGUGUAGUGGGAGGCGAGGUGAUAGCGGAGACUAAGCCAUAGUGCACAGCGCCGAUCACACAGCCCGCCGCCACAGGUGCAACACAAGUUUGCGCUGGUUGAGUUUAUCAAGCGCGCCAAGCGCCGUCUUGGACGCGGACGCCGGCUCGGGUCGGCGUCCGGCGAGAACCCUUCGGGUCUGUAGGCCCGAUACGUACAGCCAGGCGAUUGCAUGCAUGGUGUGAUGCUGUG